AUGACGACCCUCAAACAGGUCCUCGACCGUUUGGAUCUGGCGCGCUAUCACGAUGCCUUUGUCGACGAGGGCUUUGACAGCUGGGAGACUCUGAUGGACAUUACCGAGUCAGAUCUUGUGAAACUUGGUCAUCGACGAAAACUGCAGCGAGCCAUCCUCAAUGCAUCCAAAGACAGGACUCCUCUUCCUCUUCCAAUGCUUUUGCAUUCGGGCUCGCGCGACGAGUCUGCUAGCGUCGACGAACCCAAAAAGGCCCAGACACCACAUUUUCAGCAACAANNCAAUCACACGAGUCGCAGGAGCAGGAGCCUGCAGGCCGGAACAAUGGUCCACCACCGAGGAGCAAACGAAAAUACAGGCGGCAUCCCAAAGCAGACGAACACGCGCCGGAGCGACCUCCGUCGGCAUAUGUCAUCUUCUCCAACCGGACGCNNAGAAAUCCGUGACCAGCUCAAGGGCAGGGACCUCUCGUUUACUGAGAUUGCCAAACUCGUAGGCGAGCGAUGGCAGGACUUGGGACCGAAUGAGAAAGAGCCAUGUGAACGCGAGGCCCAGACGCUCAAAGACAAGUAUUACUCGGAACUGAGGCAGUACAAGAAGACGCCGCAGUACAAGCAGUACCAGGAUUACUUGAUCGAGUUCAAAGCAAAACAUGCUGGUGAGGCGAACUCGCAAACUCAAAGUCAAGGUCCAGACCCCAAGAAGACCAAGCUCCGUUCAGGCAGUGGUCAAUCGCGCAGCUAUGGAGAGGCAACGGUCGACGGUGACGAAGGUGUUGACGGCAUCGAGGGUGAAGGUGCGGACGAGCCGGAGGGCGACGAUGCCAUGUCUGGCGUCGAUGUUGGCGAUGGCACGCACAACCAGGCCCUCUCGCCGUCGGAGAAAGCGCAGCACUCGUCUACCUACAGCUCGCCCAAUGCCGAAACCUACCGCCUAUUUCCCAUUCCCAAAGCCCCUUCGGAUGCAGGCACUGCCUCGUCCUACUCGACCUGGCGCUCUAUCCAGCCUACUUAUCCUACCCCCAACACCCUGAACAGGCACACGACCAACCCCAGCCUCCGCUCAGACCAUGGCUCUAACUCGCCCAUGACCUCUCACCCAGCCGCCUCGACCCACGAUAGUGCCCCGAACAAACCAACUACCAUACUCCCCCCUCUCAAUCAACUGAGUAGCUCCAUCACUUCGCGCAACCCGAACGACACUCCCCUUAUAAAUUGGCCCCUGCAUACCACACUACCUCCCCUCGACCCCAGGGCCAUGUCCCACCGCGCCACUCCUUCCCAUCACGCCACCCAACCACCCCCACCCCUGCAUGCCUCACCGUCCUUGUCCGCAAAAGACUCAUACGACGUCACUUCUCAGAACAAGGCCUCGCUAUCCACCUUGCUGCGCGCUACCGAACACGUCGAACGCGAUGGCUCUCACGCUGCUGCUUCGAGCAAACACAAGAACAGUCAAUGA